AUGGGGAAGGGAGAGGACGAGCUUAAUUUGCCGAGUACAACGGUCGAUGCGCAGGGUACAGGCUCCAGUGAUGGGAGCAGUAGCGGGUGCUGUUUGGGUUGCAGUGGGUUUCUUAAAUUGGUGAGCUUUAGAUGUGUGUUUGUGUUGGUGCUGGGUUUUGCGGUGCUUUUGUCUGCGAUUUUUUGGCUGCCGGGUUUUCGAUUUGGGCACCAUAAAGAUCUGGAUCUGGACUAUGGAGGUCAUGAUGUAGUGGCAAGUUUUGUGCUGAGAAAGCCAGCUUCUUUUCUUCAAGACCAUGUCGUGCAACUUGAGAAUGAUAUUUUCGAUGAGAUGAGCUUCGCCUCUACUAAAGUUGAAAUAAUAUCCUUAGGAUCCUUAGGAUCAUCUGCCGAUCCAAACAUAACGAAGGUUGUGUUUGCAGUCGAGUCAGAUGUGACUACCCGGAGUUUAAUCAGAGCCUCUUUUUUGUCUAUGAUUACUCGCCAAUCGCCUCUUCAUUUGACUGAAUCUUUGUUCGGCAAUCCCUUCGAAUUCGAUGUGCUCAGAUUCAGGGGAGGGAUUACCGUCAGCCCCGAGCAGAAGGCAUUCCUUAUGCAAAAUGUUCAGAUCCUUUUCAACUUCACUUUAAACUUCUCGAUUGAUGAAAUUCUAGUCAAUUUUGAGGAACUCAGAAGCCAACUUAACACAGGCCUACAUCUGGCUCCAUACGAGAAUCUGUACAUACGCUUGACCAAUCUGAAGGGCUCAACCGUAGUUCCACCCACAACCAUUCAGGCCCAAGUCCUCCUAGCCGUGGGCAUCAAUGCCUCAAAAUCGAGGUUAAAGCAGCUGGCUCAAACCAUAACCGGGUCCCACACUAAGAAUCUUGGCUUAGACAACACAGUGUUUGGACGAGUCAAGCAACACAAUGGGCAUCUUCGCCACGUGGCGCCUUCUUAUUCGCCGGAUUAUGGGCCCAGCCCUAGUCCGUCACAACCGAGGAGGAAAUAUUCCCCACCUCCCAAACGGGCUCCGUUUCGUGGGGCAAGCCCGCCUAGCGGUGGUGGUCACGGUCAUGUUCAUCAUCACAGUCAUCCGCCAUCGAGGAGUGUGUCUCGUGUAAGGCCAUCAAAUGUGAUGCCGAUAGUUUCAUCACCCUCGCCGUCUCCAUCCUCUGCAGGUAUCUUAUCCUCCAACAUACUGGCCUUGCUGCUGGCCAUAUUAAGUGUACUGCUUUUGUAG